AUGGACAACAAUCAUAAUAAUAUAUCAAUACAUAGAGUGUUGGGAGAUGCCAAACUAUGUGAAAAGAUAUUCGAUCAUGUUGGUGGUAUCCAUCGUAGAUUGUUGGACAAUAAGGUGAUCAGAUCAGUGAUCAAGGGCAGACAACUAUUGGACAAGGGCAAUCUUAAACAGAUGUUAAAGUACAAUGCUAACGUCUCUUCGUCAUACCCUCACAAUGAAUGUAUUCUCGAGAGUGCGGUGGAGUUCAAGAAUGAGCGAGCGUUCAAACAUAUGUUGACCAACUGCACCAACAUGACUUUUUCCCAAGAGUACGAUGAUGAGGAGUUCAUGGAUGAUUUGCGCACCUCAGUGAUCAGGAGUGGCAACAUCACUAUGCUCCAGGCCUACUUGGACAUCAGCCACCAUCAACAGAUGAUCCACAUCACAUACGCCAUGCUAAUAAUGGCAGUCAAUCAUUGCGACGAGCAAUUCCUCAAACUUCUACUUCAACGCUCAAUCGUCGGGAAUCUAAACGAUAGAUUUGACAAGCCGGUGAGGCCUGAUGUGGACAUCAACAUUCUGCACCUGAUCAGUGAUCACCUGGGUAAUCAACUAAUGUGGGAACCCAUCUUGGAACACACUGUGUAG